UUUCGUAAUUUCUUGGGCGACGAAAGGCCAUUUUCUUUGGAUAUUGAAGGCUACCGAUCACGGAUUCGGCUUGAGGCUAUUCUCCAACGAUGAUUGAGUCCAUUAAGCACUGAUUUUGGCGGAUUUAUUCCGGUCAAUUUUUGGCAUAAUCCAAAGGGGUACCAUCACAGCUUUCGGGCGAUUUAUCCGAAAUGCCAUUUUCUUUCCUUACUGGAGGCUACAGAUCACGGAAACAGGCCGAGGCUAUUCUCCACCGAUAAUGAAGUCAAUUUAUUCUAUUCUCCACGGAUGAUAAGUCCGUUAAGCAUCGAUUUGGGCAGAUUUAUUUUCGGAUGGCAUUUUCGUAAUUUUUUAAGCGACGAAAGGCCAUUUUCUUUGGAUAUUGAAGGCUACAGAUCACGGAUUCGGACUGUGUCUAUUCUCCAAUGAUGAUUGAGUCCAUUAAGCACCGAUUUGGGCGGAUUUAUUCCGGGCCAAUUUUUGGCCGAUUCCAAUGGGUACCAUUACAGAUUUCGGCCGAUUUAUCCGAAAUGCCAUUUUCUUUUGAUUGGAGAGGCUACAGAUCACGAAAUCAGGCUGAGGCUAUGCUCCACCGAUAAUGAAGUCUUUUGAUCCUAUUCUCUACGGAUGAUAAGUCCGUUAAGCAUGGAUUUGGCCAAUUUAUUUUCGGAUGGAAUUUUCGUAAUUUCAUGGGCGACGAAAGGCCAUUUUCUUUGGAUAUUGAAGGCUACAUAUCACGGAUUCGGCCUGAGGCUAUUCUCCAACGAUGAUUGAGUCCAUUAAGCACUGAAUUGGGCGGAUUUAUUCCGGGUCAAUUUUUGGCAUAAUCCAAGGGGGUACCAUCACAGCUUUCGGGCGAUUUAUCUGAAAUGCCAUUUUCUUUCGUUUCUGGAGGCUACAGAUCGCGGAAACAGGGCGAGGCUAUUCUCCACCGAUAAUGAAGUCAAUUUAUUCUAUUCUCCACGGAUGAUAAGUCCGUUAAGCAUCGAUUUGGGCCAAUUUAUUUUCGUAUGGCAUUUUCGUAAUUGCUUCGGCGACGAAAGGACAUUUUCUUUGGAUAUUGAAGGCUAUAGAUCACGGAUUCGGAAUGUGUCUAUUCUCCAAUGAUGAUUGAGUCCAUUAAGCACCGAUUUGGGCGGAUUUAUUCCGGGCCAAUUUUUGGCCGAUUCCAAGAGGUACCAUCACAGAUUUCGGGCGAUUUAUCCGAAAUGUCAUUUUCUUUCGAUUCUGGAGGCUACAGAUCAUGGAAUCAGGCCGAGGCUAUUCUCCACCUAUAAUGAAGUCUAUUGAUCCUAUUCUCCACGGAUGAUAAGUCCGUUAAGCAUCGAGUUGGGCCAAUUUAUUUUCGGAUGGCAUAUUCGUAAUUUCUUGGGAGUCGAAAGGCCAUUUUCUUUGGAUAUUAAAGGCUACAGAUCACGGAUUCGCCCUGAGGCUAUUCUCCAACGAUGAUUGAGUACAUUAAGCACCGAUUUUGGCGGAUUUAUUCCGGGUCAAUUUGGCAGAUUCCAAAGGGGUACCAUCACAGAUUUCGAGCGAUUUAUCCAAACUGCCAUUUUCUUUCGAUUCUGGAGGCUACAGAUCACGGAAUCAGGCCGAGGCUAUUCUCCACUAAUAAAGAAGUCAAUUGAUCCAAUUCUCCACGGAUGAUAAGUCCGUUAAGCAUCGAUUUGGGCCAAUUUAUUUUCGGAAGGCAUUUUCGUAAUUUCUUGUGCGACGAAAGGCCAUUUUCUUUGGAUAUUGAAGGCUACAGAUCACGGAUGCGGCCUGAGGCUAUUCUCCAUGGAUCAUUGAGUCCAUUAAGCACCGAUUCGGGCAGAUUUAUUCUGGGUCAAUUUUUGGCAGAUUCCAAAGGGGUACCAUCACAGAUUUCAGGCGAUUUAUCCGAAAUGCCAUUUUCUUUCGAUUCUGGAGGCUACAGAUCACGGAAUCAGGCCGAGGCUAUUCUCCACCGAUAAUUAAGUCUAUUGAUCCUAUUCUCCACAGAUGAUAAGUCCGUUAAGCAUCGAUUUGGGCCAAUUUAUUUUCCGGAUGGCAUUUUCGUAAUUUCUUGGGCGACGAAAGGCCAUUUUCUUUGAAUAUUGAAGCCUACAGAUCACGGAUUCGGCCCGAGGCUAUUCUCCAACGAUCAUUGAGUCCAUUAAGCACCGAUUCGGGCAGAUUUAUUCUGGGUCAAUUUUUGGCAGAUUCCAAAGGGGUACCAUCAUAGAUUUCAGGCGAUUUAUCCGAAAUGCCAUUUUCUUUCAAUUCUGGAGUCUACAGAUCACGGAAUCAGGCCGAGGCUAUUCUCCACCGAUAAUGAAGUCUAUUGAUCCUAUUCUCCACAGAUGAUAAGUCCUUUAAGCAUCGAUUUGAGCAAAUUUAUUUUCGGAUGGCAUUUUCGUGAUUUCUUGGCGACGAAUGGCCAUUUUCUUUUGAUAUUGAAGGCUACAGAUCACGGAUUCGGCCUGAGUCUAUUCUCCACGAUGAUUGAGUCCAUUAAGCACCGAUUUGUGCGGAUUUAAACCUUGUCAAUUUUUGGCAGAUUCCAAAGGAGUACUAUCACAGAUUUUGGGCGUUUUAUUCGAAAUGUCGUUUUCUUUCGAUUCUGGAGGUUACAUAUCACGGAAUCUGGCCGAGACUAUUCUUCAUCCAGAAUGAAGUCUAUUGAUAUUAUUCUCCACUGAUGUUAAGUCCGUUAAGCAUCGAUUUGGGCCAAUUUAUUUUCGGAUAGCAUUUUCGUAACUUCUUGGGCGACGAAAGGCCAUUUUCUUUGGAAAUUGAAAGCUACAAAUCACGGAUUCGGCCUAAGGCUAUUCUCCAACGAUGAUUGAGUCCAUUAAGCACAUAUUUGGGCGGAUUUAUUCCGGGAGAAUUUUUGGCAGAUUUCUUGAGGGGUACCAUCACAAAUUUCGGGCGAUUUAUCCAAAAUGCCAUUUUUUCGAUUUUGGAGGUUACUGAUCACGGAAUCAGGUCGAGGCUAUUCUCCAACGAUAAUGAAUUCUAUUGAUCCUAUUCUCCACGGAUGAUAAGUCUGUUAAGCAUCGAUUUGGGCCAAUUUAUUUUCGGAUGGCAUUUUCGUAAUUUCUUGGGCGACGAAAGGCCAUUUUCUGUGGAUAUUGAAGGCUACAGAUCACGGAUUCGGCCUGAGGCUAUUCUCCAACGAUGAUUGAGUUUAUUAAGCAUUGAUUUAGGCGCGUUUAUUCCGGGUCAAUUUUUGGCAGAUUCCAAAGGGGUACCAUCACUUAUUUCGGGCGAUUUAUCCAAAAUGACAUUUUCUUUCGAUUUUGGAGGCUACAGAUCACGGAAUCAGGCCGAGACUAUUCUCCACCGAUAAUGAAGUCAAUUGAUCCUAUUCUCCAUGGAUGAUAAGUCCGUUAACCAUCGAUUUGGGCCAAUUUAUUUUCGGAUGGCAUUUUCCUAAUUUCUUAGACCACGAAAGGCCAUUUUCUUUGGAUAUUGAAAGCUACAGAUCACGGAUUCGGCCUGAGGCUAUUCUCCAACGAUCAUUGAAUCCAUUAAGCACCGAUUCAGGCGGGUUUAUUCCGGGUCAAUUAUUGGCGGAUUCCAAUGGGGUACCAUCACAGAUUUCUGGCGAUUUAUCCGAAAUGCCAUUUUCUUUCGAUUCUGGAGGCUACAGAUCACAAAAUCAGGCCCAGGCUAUUCUCCAUCGAUAAUGAAGUCUAUUGAUCCUA